AGUGAGAGCCCGAACGAACGCGAACGUGAAAUUAUGCAUGCAGAAAUAUCGCGGGAAUGUAGAGAGUGUGCACGAAAUUACAGCCAUAUUUUUUAGGAGCUAUAUAGCGUGCGCCAUAUAUGGUGUGUGUUGUUGUCCCGGGUUCUACUACGAAAUUUUACGAGACGAAUGGGCGAUCGACAUUUAUUUUCACCUGAAUUUUGGCUUAAAUUUUGUCAUAAAUUAUAAUCAUGUCGCAUAAAGGGAUGCAUGGAGAUGCGUUGAAUAGUUCUGGAGCUCACUGGAGAGAUGCAGAAACUAGACUUUUGAUAAAGCUUUGGAGACAGCCGCGAACUCUUGCAGAAGUCAACGAUUCAUCUUCCAGACAAAAAUCCGUGUACCAGCGACUCGCGAAGAUCCUUGUUGCAGCGGGCUACUUUCGGGAUGCAGGUCAGAUCAAGAAUAAAAUUCGCACAAUGACAACGAACUUCAGGAGGUUUUCAAAAAUGAGGUCUGAGGACAGAUCAAGUUGGACGGGACAGGGCAAGCAAAGUUUUCAAUACUUCAAUGAAUUGCGUGAAUUCGUAGACGUCGAAAUAUCAGGCGAGGCGAGUAAAUAUGAUGAUGAUGAUGGAGACAGCUCGAUCUCUGUGCCUGGGGAACAACAAAAUGCGCAAGUGGCAGUGGUCGGGCGCGGAGAAAUUACAGGGUGUUUGCAAGUGCAACGUAUAAAAUUAGAGGACAAUCAUCAGCAAGUACCUGCUCUACCAAGUUCAUCCUCGGUUUUGUUUGACACGAGCAGCUCCAAUUUGACAAAUAGCAUGAAUGAUGGAGCAGCCCUACUUUUAAAUCAAAGUGAUACAUCUGAUCAUCAGUUACAUCAAUUACCUAAUGGCAACUUUGAUGCUGAUGAUAGCCAAGAAACAGAAAUUGUGGAUUCCCAAGAGGCUGAAGUAGGAUGGAUUUCAGAUGAAGAUGAAAUUGUAGAACCAAGGACCAAAGUCAGAUGUCAUAUUGAUUUGAGUAAUAACCAGCACAAUUCAAAGAGAGCAAGCAGAAGGAGCCUGAAGAAGGAUGACUCAGUGAAGGAGCUUGUGAAGAUACUAAUCGAGAAUAAUAUGCAGCGUGAUAAAGUUUUCAUGGAGGCUGAAGAUGCUCAUCGAAGAAUGGAGGCAGAGAGACACACCGAGGAGAUCAGACUUCUGCGGGACCAGAUACAGCUUGAGCGGGAUAGAUUACAAUUUGAGCGGGAGGAGAGGGAAAGGAUGGAACUCGUCAGGAGAGAAGAGGCAGCAAGAGCUGAAAGACUGAGGAGGGAAGAAAUGGAAAGGUCAGAAAAGGUGCGUCUAGAUGAGAGAGAUAGAGAAGAGCGACGUUUUACUUUGAUGAUGGCUCUGAUAAAGGGGGCACAGAAUCAUGGCAGUUAGAUUUUAGCAUGGAUAUGGACUUAAAUCUUCUGAUCUGCAUUCCAAAAUUACUAUCAAGGAUCACAUUUUUCUCUCUAGAGGUUGCGAAGAUCCAUGCAGCAAUCAACUGAUACUUCCAAUUAUAAAGACAGUUACUAGUACACGUUUUUGAUUUCGAGACCAAUGAAAGAAAAUAUGAAUUAUCAGUAGGGUAUUUUAGUUAGUGCAUUUGAAUUAUAAAUUCAAGAUGUCAUUGAAGCAAUCUUCUCUUUCUCAUCAGCAGAGCCCUUUAACAUUCCAGAGCGAAUCUGUUUGAUGUAUUCUUUAUCCAACCCAGUUUUAUUUUAGAUCAAGUUUUUUAAAUUUGGUAAAUGUUUUGCCCAUUCAUUCUGAAUCACCAACAGUAAACUGUGCAGCUAGUAAAUUUCCUGCAACAUGAUUUUUUUAUUAUUAUCGAUAGUUACAUGGAAUAUGUGUCAUAACUAAAUAUAGAGAAUCAUAUACAUAUUAUUUUGAAUGGACUUGUCACAAUUAUAAUAUGAAAGGAAUUUUCUGCAUCCCUGUGAAUGCUGCCAUCCAUGUGUUAGAUCUUCCAAUAUGCAAUAAUCCAAAGCUCUGUAAUGGGUCAUACAGAUUUGAGAGACUUCAACUCAUUGAAAUUGUAUUUAAAUUAAUUCAAGCACAGUGUCAGGAGAAAGUUUUAGGUGACAAGACUUUUGCCCCGGCGGCAAUUGCUCUGGACUUAAUUUCGUCUAAGAGUAAGAUUUAUGGUUAAGUGUGCAAUAGGUUUUUAUGUUAGGUUUAAGAUAGGGUAUAGUUAAAUCCAGGUUUGAAGUUGGCCAUUCCAUUAAUGUGUGAAGUUUGUAGUGGAGCAUAUGUCAUGGAAUGAAAGUUUAUUUUUCUUGUAAUUAAUUUUAUAAAAAAUGAUAGAUAGGCUCAACUAUAAGUGGCGGACUGUGACCCGGAGGAAACAAAGCAUUGGAGGGGCACUGUAUUGUUUGUGAACAAUGCUGUGCGCCUCCAAUGCUUUGUCUCCUCCGGGUCACGGUCCUCAACUGUCAACUAUCAUACUGAUAAAUGUGAUUAACAAGACACCGAUUCCACAUUAAUUAAGAUGUAAUGUGAAA